GCCGUUGCUAAGGCUGUCCCUGACUCUGCCGUCUACAUCAGCUGAAGUCCGACUGUCCGACUCCGAAACCACCGAUAGUGGAGUGCGGACGGAGUCACCGGGCGGUCACUGCUGGUUCGUGUGCCGUGUGUUGUCUCCCGAGUGUGUUUGUGUGGUGGUGCGGGACACAGGCAUCACCAUGGUGGCUCAGCAGCUGACAUAUAAUGGCCAGGUGGCAAUUGUCACAGGCGCUGGGGGAGCCCAGGUUCUGCCUUUCCACACACUGCCCCCACUGAGGUACUAAUGUGACCUAACCAAGCCCCGGGCCUCCUGCCACCAGGCAACUUUGAUAUGCCUUGGGAGAGCCUAUGCAUUGAUGUUUGGGUCUCGUGGGGCCAAGGUGGUUGUGAAUGACCUUGGGGGAGAUACCAAGGGGCAAGGACAGAGCUCUCGUGCUGCUGACAAAGUGGUGGAGGAAAUCCGUCAAGCUGGAGGGGUUGCUGUGGCCAACUAUGAUUCUGUUGAGGAUGGCGAUAAAAUUGUACAGACAGCCUUGGACAACUUUGGCCGGGUUGACAUUCUCGUGAACAAUGCCGGCAUCCUCCGAGACCGAUCCUUCCCCCGCACCUCUGACACUGAUUGGGACCUGGUGCAGCGGGUCCACCUGCGCGGCUCCUUCAUGGUGACCCGAGCAGCAUUCCCUGUCAUGAAGAAGCAGAAGUUUGGCCGCAUCAUCAUGACAGCAUCCACAUCAGGCAUAUUUGGCAACUUUGGACAGGCCAAUUAUAGUGCUGCCAAGCUGGGAUUGCUGGGCCUGAGCAACACAGUGUCCAUUGAAGGUCAGAAGUACAACAUCCACUGCAACACCAUUGCUCCUGUCAGUGGCACACGCAUGACAGAGGGCAUCCUUCCCCCCGACUUGUUUGAUGAGUUCAAGCCAGAAUUAGUGGCACCUUUAGUCCUGUGGUUGUGUCAUGAGGACUGUGAGGACACUGGCGGACUCUUCCUCACUGCUGGUGGCUGGUAUGGCAAAUUCCGGUGGGAGUGUACUAACGGUGUGAUGUGUCGCAAGUCCCGGGAGGAGACGGUGACGCCAGAGGUGGUGAGGGACCACUGGGACAUGAUAACUGACUUCACUCACAGUUACAACCCAGAGUCAGGCCAGGAGGCAACAGCUCACCUGGUUGGGGCUCUGCAAGAAAUGGACAGUGCAGGAGACACUUCAAACUCUGGCCCACCAUCUGUCUCUCCCUCAGCAACCACUGGCCCAAUGUCGGCUGUGGGGAUAAAGGUGCAGCCCAAGACGUUCACCUACACCUUCAAAGAUGUCAUCCUGUAUGCACUGGGAGUUGGUAUGUCAACUCAGGAUGAAGACGCCCUGCAGUUUUUAUAUGAGAACAGUGAAGACUUCAGUCCUCUACCCACAUUUUGUGUUGUGCCUGCCCAGGCUGUCAUGAUGGAUGGGGCUUUGUGGUCCAGUAUUCCUGGCUGGUCUGUGGACCUCAGUAAGUUGCUGCAUGGAGAGAUGUACAUAGAGCUGCUGAAGCCACUCCCUCCCUCAGCAACCCUUUCCACUGACAUGGAGGUGGUGGAGGUGCUGGAUAAGGGAUCUGGUGCUGUCCUCACCGCUGACACCGUCAGUCGGAAUGAGAGUGGUGAGCCAUUGUUCCGCAGCCAGUGGUCGCUGUUCCUGGUGGGUGAAGGCAACUUUGGGGGUCCAAGGAGGAGUACCAAGGCUGUCCCCCUCAUGGACCACCCCAACCGUGCUCCAGACGCCUCCGAGGAGGUUGUCACUGGAGUAGAUCAGGCAGCCUUGUACCGCCUUAGUGGGGAUUUGAAUCCUCUGCACAUCGAUCCUUCCUUUGCUGCGAUGGGAGGCUUUGCUCAGCCCAUCCUGCACGGCCUCUGCUUCUAUGGCAUCACAGGACGGGUCAUUCUCAAGAAGUACUGUGGCAAUGAUCCAAGCAGGUUUAAGGCCAUGAAGGCACGUUUUGCCAAGCCUGUGAUCCCGGGCCAGAGGCUACUGGUGGACAUGUGGAAGGAAGGCAGUCGUGUUUACUUUACUUGCACCGUGAAGGACACCGGCAAAGUUUGUCUAACAGGAGGCUAUGUAGAUAUCAUCGACCAAGAACCGUCCACCUCACCUGGCGGUGGUGUUUCAAGCACAGCUGAGAGUGCAGUGGCAUGUGCAGGACUGUUUGAGGAGAUGACCAAGAAGGUGGCUGACAACCCUGACCUUGCUGACAAAGUGAAGGCUGUAUUCUUGUGGAACAUCAACAAAAACAAGUCUCUUGCAGCUCAGUGGACUGUGGACCUGAGAAAGGGCCCUGGGAAGGUGUACACAGGCCCUCCCAAUGAUGGUGUCAAGCCCAAUGUGACCUUAACCUUGGAAGAUGAAGACAUGGUGGCCUUAGGGACAGGCAAGCUCAAUCCCCAGAAAGCUUUCAUGUCUGGCAAGCUGAAGGUUUCUGGCAAUGUGAUGCUUACUCAGAAACUGCAGCCUCUUCUCAAACCACAGGCCAAGAUGUGAAUCCGUCAAGUUUCUUUGACUUUCUUCCUUUCUUAAAACUUGUGUUGAGAAGCUCUAAUUCUUCAGUGUAAUAUUUCCUAGUUUCUUGUGGGGCUAGUGUCUCUAAGCACUAUUAACCUGUUCGCUGCGGCACUAUUUUUCAAAACGUACCGCCAGUGCGGCGGGUUUGAGCAAUUUUUUUUUAUUGCGGAAAAGGAAACCUUGUGGUACAAAACCAAAGAAAAAUGGGUUCUAAGUACCUGUUGUAUAUGUAAAGUUUUGCGCUAUAAGCCAAAACGUGUCUGAGCCAGGCAUUUUCUACGCCCACUGUGGUGAGCGGUAAAUACCAGCUGAUGGGUCGGGAGUCACGAGAUAAGCCUCGUCCAAGGUCAUGAACAUAAACAAAGCACGGGCAGUCUUCAGGGAUGACUCUGUCAAAAUAUAAGAGCUCGGUAACGCAUUGGGAAUAUAUUACGAAUAUUUUUAUUUGCCGACACAUAACGUGCGUCGUCCGCAGUCUUCGGAAUUUUUUUUACCAACGACACCGUGUCGUCGUCCGCAGUGGACGGGUUAAAUAUUGUUGUUGUUUUUGUAUAUAGACAGUUUUUAUAUUUAGGUUACUAUAUGGAGUGCUGGCUGGAGCAUGAAGAAAUGCAAAAUAUGUGAAAAGAACAUUAAGUUUUAACACUGAGAUGAAUACUUGAAAUAUCAUACACAGAAAGAAAACUGAAGACAUGAGAUGAAUUUGUGUCAGUUAUUGAAAGGGUAAGAUAAACAAGACUGAGGUGGAUGAAGGAAGUGGUGAGGAAGGAGGACAGUCUGAUGAGGAGAAGAGUGAGGCAGACUGCAGAAGUUGAAAAAAUACAAAGGCUUAGCUCAAUCUCUUUUGUCACACCAAUAGUCCUAAGCCUCCCUCCUCCACCCUCCACCUCCAUCAGUGUCUUCCAUUACCCCAAGUUCUCUGAUCUGCAAGGUAAAUACAGUUUAUAAAACCAGUUUAUUUCUUUACAUUCUUUCUCUUUUGUUAUAUUUUAUUAUAUUUUUGUAUAAUAUUUGUCAUUUAUGAAUAUCUUUUCUUAUCUAAAAAUGUAGAAAAUGAGUUUUGGGCAGGGAACAAAUUAAUGGCAUUCCAGUCAAUUUCAAUGGGGAAAAUUGAUUUGAGAUACAAGCAAAUUGAGUUACGAGCUCUGUCACGGAACGAAUUAAACUCAUGUCGACAUAGCUACCACUGUAUGUAUUUUUCACUGUUGUGACAGUGUGUAGUGUGUGCGUUGUUGUUGGCAGAGACAGGGUGGAGUCAGCAUUUAAUACAAUUAGAGGUGUAAAAAUGUAUACCUAAAUGUACAGUUCUCAUGAGGGGUUUUUAUGGAUGAUCCUACUUACACAACUUGAACUUUGUAUGGAAAGUCAUUUGCUACACAUUCACUGUACUCUACUGGAUGAACUGCCUUUCUCUUCUGGUGAAUGAGGUCAUGCAGUGUUUGGCUUCAGGAGGGCCAGUACGUUAGGUAAUGGUACUGCAGGUUUUGGAUUUAGUUCUCAGUAUUAAUAAGCACAAAACCGGUGUUCCUUGAAAGUUAUAUUUUAAUGGGAAAUAUUUAAUUUUGCAUACAUUAUGUCCUUUUUAAUAUAGUUAUGGUGUUUGUUUAGGAUGUGAGCUGUUAUAAAGAGAUUGUAUUCAUAUACUAUAUAUGUAUUUAAAUUAUUUUUUUUCCUAUUCUUUUCCCAAACCUGCCUAAUGAUGGAAUGUAUAUGGUCAUUUUGCAGCAGAAUUAUACAAGAAACUGAUUU